AUGGAGGCAUACAGUAGCCGUGGUCCGUCACCGACUGGUGGACAAAUUACGCCAAAGGUUUCCGCUCCAGGACGUGACAUUAUUUCUGCUGGGAUCAGUAACAGUAGCACAGAAUACGUUGGAAAGUCGGGAACGAGCAUGGCGUGUCCCCAUGUUGCUGGCGUGGUUGCCUUGCUAAUUUCGGCAAACCCGACGUGGAAGUAUGACAAUUUUUUGACGGCCCUGGCAAGGACGGCGGAUCGUUUGACGAUUACCAGUAAGGAUUUGUCAUGUGGAAACAUUACUACGCCGAUCUACCCGAAUAACGCGUGUGGGUAUGGGAGAGUCAACGCCAAAAGAGCUCUCGAAUUGUAA